UCAAGUACGCUUCAUUGUUUUGUCGUUUGGUGGAGUUCUUUCAUAUAAUUAUUAAGUUCUUAUGGUAUCAACGGAAGAAUUCUGAUAUGGAAAGCUUAUUGAAAACAAUCGAACAAACCGAUAUUAACACACAUUUAAAAGUUAAGUGUUUUUCAUGGCUUAAAUACAUCAUACCAUUUUGGGGUUUUUUGUGUGUGCUAGUGGUGGAACAUUAUAUCUUUGUGGAUUAUGACAAUAAAUUCGAAUACACAAUAUCUUGGGGUUAUGCCAAUGUAAUAAUCAUAUUCGAGUAUUGUUUCGUCGAGGCAAUUAAUCAAACAAUGAGGAAAAAAUUCUUCACAUUGCAGAGAAGAUUAAAAUGGAUUAAGAAGAAUAUCAAUUGUGAAAAAACUGGACCAUUGUAUAAACUAAAUAUUCUGAGGGAUUUUAUGAAUGCAGACUUAGAAAGUAAAAUUUUAAAAAUUCGGGAAUUAUCAAGAUGUCAUUAUAUGAUGAUUGAAACUGCCGAAAAGAUUUCAAGAAUGUUCUCAUUAAAUAUCCUCUUAACUCUUCUGGUCAUUUUAUGCAAUACCAUAAAUGGACUGUAUAAUAUUGUAACCCAUUUAGAUAAAAUCGAUUACAAUAAGGAGUCCAUAUGCAGAUCUUCGAUUUGGAUUUUAUUUCAGACUUAUAUCUCUACCAUCAUUAUUAGGUCCUGGUACUCCUUGGCGAAUGAAGCUAAUACAUCCUCAAUAAUUGUACAUGAGAUAUGGAAUGAAUAUAUAGUAAGGCUCAAGGAAGGGAAAUGGAAUUACUUUCAAUUUAUUGUGUUGAAAUUUCACACAACAAAAUUGAAGUUCACAGCAGAUGGUUACUUUGAAUUAGAUCUAAAAUUUUUUCAUUCGGUACUGUCAUGUGUAGCCACCUAUGUUAUAAUACUGGUUCAGAUUGAAUACCCCAACUGAAAAUUUGUGGAAUUUAUUCAAUUUAUCAACCAGAAAAUACCUGAUCAGCAAUGUGCGAUUAGAGAAAUAUUAAUAUGAAUAAAAGAUGAUGAAAAUUCUGUUAUCAUUUCUACCAUCUUGCCUAUGUGCUGAAUUGUUUCUAGGUUUUACUGUUUUCUUUUCUUAGCAAAUCAAGACAUUCCUGCUACGAGAUAAGAUAAAUGGGUACAACUGUUUGA